AAGUGCUCAGAUCUAACUCUGGAAGAGAUGAAAAAACAGGCUGCUGUCCAGUGUCUUCGAUCUGCAUCUGAUGAAAGCUCUGGAAUUGAGACGUUAGUGGAGGAGCUCUGCUCCCGCCUAAAAGACCUGCAGAGCAAGCAAGAAGAGAAGAUUCACAAAAAAUUAGAAGGGUCUCCCUCUCCAGAGGCAGAAUUAUCCCCGACAGCAAAGGAUCAAGUGGAAAUGUACUACGAAGCGUUUCCCCCGCUUUCGGAGAAGCCAGUUUGCCUGCAAGAGAUCAUGACCGUGUGGAACAAGUCUAAAGUCUGCUCUUCCUCCAGCUCCUCGUCAUCGUCCACCGCGCCCCCAGCCAGCACAGACACGGCGUCCCCCAAGGACUGCAACAGUGAGGGCGAGGCCUGCAGGGACAGGGGCGAGGCGGUGCCCACCGCUGUACCCGCGCACACCCUGAGCAGAAGUAAAAACGAGAAGGAGAACAGAUUUGGGAACGGCACAAUUGAAGAGAAGCCCGCUCUGUACAAAAAACAAAUGCGACACAAACCCGAAGGCAAGGUCCGUCCUCGCUCCUGGUCCUCCGGCUCCAGUGAGGCAGGCUCCAGCUCGAGCGGGAAUCAGGGGGAACUAAAAGCAUCCAUGAAGUGCGUGAAAGUAAGACACAAGGCGCGAGACCUCCGACACAGGAAAGGGCGGAAUGGGCAGAGCAGGCUCUCGCUGAAGCAUGGCGAGAGGCCCGAAAGGAUCAGCCACGUGGGCGGCGGCGGCAGCAGCAGCAGUGGCGGCUCUGGCAGGCAGCUGUGCAGGCGAGCGAAGAGACCAUUGAAGGAGGUGGGCAGGAGGGACGCGGACGGCGCGGAGGGCGGAGACCUGCACCUGGACAGCAGAAACGACAAGGAGUACAAAGAAGAGCCGCUGUGGUACACCGAACCCAUCGCAGAAUACUUCGUUCCUUUGAGCAGGAAAAGCAAACUAGAGACCACGUACCGAAACCGACAGGGUGCGCGGGAUCCGACCGCAGAGGCGAUCGGAGAGUUGUCUGACUCAGUGCACGGCCUUUGUAUCAGCAGCAGUAACAUUCAUAAAGCAUACCUCCCAGCGGGAACUUUCAUCGAUGGUCACUUUGUAGAAAUGCCUGCGGUUAUAAAUGAGGAGGUUGACCUCCCUGGGACCUCCUUCUGUUCUCUCCCGGAGGACAACAGCUACUUGGAUGAUAUUCAUCUGUCAGAGUUAACACACUUCUAUGAAGUGGACAUUGAUCAAUCCAUGUUGGAUCCUGGUGCCUCAGAAACAAUGCAAGGAGAAAGUCGGAUUUUGAAUAUGAUUCGACAAAAAAGCAAAGAGAGAAGUGAUUUUGAGGCAGAAUGUUGCAUAGUGUUAGAUGGGAUGGAGUUGCAAGGGGAACGUGCAAUAUGGACAGAUUCCACCAGCUCCGCGGCCGCUGAGGGCCAGUUCCUGCAGGGCCUGGGCAACCUGGCGCAGUUCUGGGAGUGCUGCUCAUCCAGCUCCGGGGAUGCCGACGGCGAGAGCUUCGGGGGAGAGUCUCCGAUCAGGCUCUCCCCCAUCUUAGACGGCGCAGCCCUCGACCCGCAUCUGCUUGCCGGCAAUCAAGAGCUCUUCUCAGAUGUUAAUGAAGGAUCUGGUAUAAACUCUUGUUUUUCAGUGUUUGAAGUGCAAUGCAGUAAUUCUGUUCUACCAUUUUCUUUUGAAACACUCAACUUGGGGAAUGAAAAUACAGAUUCUAGUGUGAACACACUCGGGAAAACACAGUCCAGGUUGCUAAUAUGGACCAGAAAUAGUGCCUUUGAAGAAAAUGAACACUGUUCUAAUCUUUCCACAAGAACCUGUAGCCCAUGGUCCCAUUCAGAAGAAACACGUUCGGACAAUGAGACAUUAAGUCUCCAGUUGGAAGAAUCCACGCAGUUUAACACAGAAGAUGUUAAUUAUGUGGUUCCUAGAGUCUCGUCAAAUUAUGUAGAUGAAGAACUUCUAGAUUUUUUGCAAGAUGAAACUUGCCAACAAAACAGUAGAACUUUAGGAGAAAUUCCCACGUUAGUUUUAAAAAAAAAAUCGAAACUAGAAUCUGUCUGUGGUAUUCAGCUCGAACAAAAACCAGAGAACAAAACCUUUGAACCUACGCACAUGAGUUGUGGGAGCAGCCCAGGUGGAGACGGCUAUGGUCCGGGGGUCCUUAAAGACAUCUGGACACAGCUGGCGGAGAGGAACUCCGUGGCGCUGGUGGAAGCCGAAGGAGCUGCUGAUGAGCUGUUCUCGACAGACGUGAAUAACUAUUGCUGCUGUCUGGACGCUGAAGCCGAGGGGGAGCCGCUCCGGGAGCCCAGCAAGGCCGUGCAGCGGUCGGAGUACCGCCUGUGGGAGGGGCAGAAGGAGAACCUGGAGAAACGCGCCUUUGCUUUGGGCGAGCUGUCCAAGGUGGACGGCGGCGACUACACCACACCCUCCAAACCUUGGGACGUGACCCAGGAGAAGGAGAACGCGUUCAUUCUCGGGGGCGUGUACGGAGAACUGAAGACCUUCAGCAGCGACGGGGAGUGGGCGGUGGUGCCGCCCGGCCACGCGAAGGGGAGCCUGCUGCAGUGCGCGGCCUCCGACGUGGUGACCAUCGCCGGCACGGACGUCUUCAUGACGCCGGGGAACAGCUUCGCUCCCGGCCACCGGCAGCUGUGGAAGCCCCUCGUGGCGCUGGAGCAGAGCGACCCGCCGAGGACGGGGGAGGGCGGGUUAAAUAAGGGGUUUUCCUUUGUCUUCCAUGAAGACUUCCUGGGAGCUUGUGGCAACUUUCAAGUUGAAGAUCCUGGACUCGAGUAUUCGUUCUCUUCCUUCGACUUGAACAAUCCGUUUUCCCAAGUUCUUCACGUGGAGUGCUCCUUGGAGCCCGAAGGGAUCGCGUCUUUCAGCCCUGGUUUCAAGCCCAAGUCCAUCCUCUGCUCCGACUCCGACAGUGAUGUGUUCCACCCCCGGAUCUGCGGCGUCGACAGAACCCAGUACAGGGCCAUUCGGAUCUCGCCUAGGACUCACUUCCGCCCCAUUUCCGCAUCCGAACUGUCCCCUGGAGCGGGGAGCGAGUCCGAGUUUGAGUCUGAGAAAGACGAAGCCAGUCUCCCCGUUCCUCCUCAGGUUGACGCGUUCGAAGAUCCACAGGCAGAUCUCAAGCCCCUGGAAGAAGAUGCGCAGAAAGAAGGCCAUUACUACGGGAAGUCGGAACUGGAGUCGGGGAAGUUCCUGCCCCGGCUGAAGAGGUCGGGGAUGGAGAAGAGCGCGCAGACGUCCCUGGAUGCGCAGGAGGAGCCAGCGGGGAAGCAGGCCCAGUGCCUGGAGUGCAGCGGGAGCGAGCCCCUGGGCACCGGUGUGGAAAGCUCAGAGGCAAAUUGUAAAAUAAUGGCCCCGUGUGAGGAAGACGCUCAUCAUUUCUGCAGUUGCAAAGCAGGUUGUCAGUUCCCUGCCUAUGAAGAUAACCCGGUUCCUUCCGGACAGCUGGAGGAGUUUCCCGUGUUGAGCACUGAUGUACAAGGAAUAAACAGAAGUCAGGAGAAGCAGACCUGGUGGGAGAAAGCGCUGUACUCGCCCCUCUUCCCCGCGUCAGAGUGCGAAGGUGUCUUCUGUCUGUGAAGCGAGGUGCACCGUGGAGAGGACGCCCGGAGCAGCAUCUCGGGGUGCCCACAGGAAGCGCUGCUCCAGCGCCAGCUCGGGCUCAGAGGACACGGGCUCGGACGGCGCGGAGUGGGCCGACCCCGGCGAGGAGCUCUUCUCCCGAACUCACCUCUGACCACAGAGUAGCGCCCGUUACUGUUUAAAAGGAAAUGUGAUGGGAAAUGACCUUUGUGAGGCCUGUCAAUCUAACAACUUAGGAUUCUUCUCAAUUAACUGCGUCAGAUCAGUAAUUCUCUUUCUCUUCUUGCUUAUUUUAGAGUUGAGGACAGCUAUCCUGUUGAAGAUUUUUUUCCCAAGCUGUUAAAUUCUUGGCUCUUUGAAAUAGACUAGAUUGUGUUGUCAAAUCAAGAAUGGGUGUGCAUGUGCUUGUCUCAGAAUGCCACUGCUCUGGCAUCUCCCGCGGUCACUCCCCUCGCACUGUGGUCCCUCCGGUCCCCAUCUUAGCCCCGCAGUGGCUGCGACCACUCCCGCCCUCCAGAGACUCGAGCUCGGAACACUAGGCUUUCUUCUCUGAGAACCAGGAUAGAGACGACCCGCAGUGGCGCCGGGCGACCCACGCGGUCCUCCCAGUAAGAUUGCGUGCACGUCGGAGGUAGCAACCACAGGGUGUGCUCUCAGAGACUUACAGAUGCUGUGUUUUCUCCCCCAGGUCCCCCCCUGGGAGUCUCGUGGAAGAUGCUCUGGUUUGGGACUUUGUUGCUAACUGAAGAAGCCAAGGCUUCGGGUAGGGUAGUGCGUGAGGCACAUGGGGGAGGCCCAGCCUGUGCUGUUGUCCCGACACCAGAACCCCCUUCAGCGUUCUGUGUGGCAAGUCUGACAAUGCUGGGUGAGGAUUUUAUUGCAAAUUACGAUUUCCUUAGAAUCUACAUUGAAUCGAAAGCCCUAGAACUCGAAAUCGGAAACAUUUGAAUGCGAUAAAGGCCACCCCAUCGCCCCGAGGAAACCUUGGCGGCUGCAGCUGUGGCUGCGUUUUGUGUAGCUUAGUCUCCCUUGUGUGUGAGAGGAUGCUCGGCAACGCCGCGUGGGGCGCUGGGGCAGGUGGAGGAUCGCUUUCUCCGUCCCUGUGGCUGCCUCCGGGGCGCCUCCCCUUCUCCCGGGGCCCAGGGUCAGCGUCCCUAUCGCCGCCUCACACUUCACGCGGCUCUGCCACAGGCGGAAGUUAGGAGGAGGAAGGUCUCAAAACCUAAACAUUCAAAAUUGCUUUUCUUUCUUAACUCAUUUUAAAAAAACACCUAAUGUGUGAAAGCAGCUUAGUAUGUCUGGCAUCACGCAGGAAAGCUGCAUGGACAGGCGGCUUCCCGCUGCCGGGUGAGCAGUGAACUCAGCUCACCCGCUGGGCCGGGCGGCCGUGAAAUGUGGGCUUCGCUCUGAACAUUGGGUUUUGUCGCCCUUUCCUUAGUUGAUGACACAGAAAACUCCCUCUGAGGCUGUGGCGUCCUCCCAGGCUCUGCACGCUCCCUGAGGGCCCGGCUAGUGCAGCAGCUUCUGACACUUUAAAGUGGGUUUGUGAGUGUGCGUGUGUGUGCAUGCGUGUGUGUCAGUGUGUGUGCGUGUGUGCGCGCACGUGGAAGGUUUUAUGUUGCUGUUAUUUAUUUACAGAUUUUAUAAGGUUUUACGUAUUUUUCUUUCUUCCGGAGCUUCCUAAAAAUUCAUUAGCACCUGCACUGAAAUAUAAUUUAACAGCAAAGGCAAAAAAAGAAUUGGAUGUUGUAAAUUCCUAAAAUCGCUACAAUGAUAAUUGUCCUAGAAAUCAUGGCUUAUGUAGCAGAGACCAAAUAACUGCUUCAGACACCAUCUUUAGCUCAGUUGAUGUACAGCUGCUUCUGAUCAGAGACAGCUCCAGAUGGUGGAGGGCAGCCUCCCCCGACGCCCACGCGGGAAGCUGGCUGCGCCUUCCACGGGGUGGGGAUGGAUGGAUGACCAGUGGGCCAGGGGUUAACAGGUGAUGUAUUUAUUUGUUUUCAUAGCUAAGUGGCUGGAGCCGGAGGCUUUCAGCUGCAGAGUUGCAAGUGUGGUUUUUAGUUUUGUGAAUGGAUGAUCACAAAGAUAAAGCAUUUUUAAAAAGUUGGCAAAACGCUGAGACGCACUGUGGUAUGAAGCGCGUUGCACAUCCGUCGCACUGAGUGUCCGUGCCGUGCGGGCUGAGGCUUCCCGCGGCUGUAUUGUUCUGAUUUCACGCACACCAGAGUAACUGAGUUUUUGUUUUCUUGUGGAGUUAACACCAAAAUAAAAAGUUUAAAAAACA